AUGGCUACGCCUGGCCAUCUACCCAUCAAAUAUGACGACGAUGCCGCGUUCGACCUCCCGGAGCUGGCAGCUCAUCUAGUCCUUGAAGAUGACACCAGGUUCUUGACUGCUGGAGAUACAUCUGUUGGAGAGGUGUUUGCGGUGAAGUUCUGUCCAUAUCAACCCAUGGACGCGGAUCCUGUCUUCGCCGCCGUCAGCAAAAAACACGUCGCCAUAUGUAAACUAUGGAAAGACUACAAUUCUGGUACCAGCGUUUUCAAAACGAUCAAGCUCAUAAGAGAUGAUGAUGAUGGCGUAUCCAACUGCUGUUGCACAUGGACUCGGGACCCAAUCACCGGCGUGCCAUACAUCUGUGUCGCCGGGUUUGACGGCAUUGUCAAGGUGUAUGACAUUAUCCAAGAAAAGCUUGUCGAGAGCUUCACCGGGCAUGGAGGAGGUAUUAAUGACUUGGCAACUUCGCCAGUUGAUCCCGCGAUAAUUGCGUCAGCAUCAGAUGACACUACAGUACGAAUCUGGACUCUGGAUCCAAAGCACAGAGAGCAGCCAUGUCUUUGCAUCUUAGGCGGGGAGGGCCAUAUUGCCGAAGUUCUCACAGCGGCUUUCCACGAUAACGGGACCUUCCUCCUAACCGGCGGCCAUGACCAUCGAAUCAAUCUGUGGACGCUGCCAGAACUUCCCACCGAGUGUCGAGAAGCACCAAUCCAGGUGCAUUAUCCCCACUUCUCAACCUCUGCAGUUCACGGAGGCAUCGUCGACUGUGUUGCAUUUUACGGAGACUAUAUCUUAUCAAAGGCGCAUCAAGAUAAUAUCAUUGUCCUUUGGGAGAUUCUAGGCUUCUCCUCUGAGGAUCCUCCACCAGCAGAGAGCAUUGCACCUCUGCCACAAAUUCCUCGACCCCACGACCAUCCAGCCACACAGUUUACACGCUCUGCCUUUGUGCCUACAGUCUCAUCCGAGUGCCCGCUUCAGUAUGAUCGGCGAAUGCAAUUCCAUACACCAAAGUGUGGUGAGAUGUUCUUUUUGCGUUUCCAGUUACACCUGCAGCCUGAUCAGCACCCCAUCCUAGUCUUUGCCAAUCCGGCUGGCGAGAUAUUCAUGUGGGAUCUGGAGAGAAUCCGGGCAUACAAUGAUAUCAUGGCUCGUAUAAACGACCCAAAUCGCAGCAAGAAUGAGCCGGUCCGCCUCCCCAAGUGGCUGGGGCGGAUUCGUGCUCCAAACAAUGGCAAGCCAGUGAGCAGUGGCAAAGGAUCUCAGAGAGGGAGCCAGACGCCGGAAAUCGACAGCAACAGAAUUGUGUACGAUAUAUCCGACAUCAAUCCCCGGAAUAUUACAGAUUGGCAGGCGAGGUACUCCGUCACAGACAGAGAUCAUGCCCUAGAGCCCCAUAGCCGAACGGAAGUUGACAUACGCGGCGGGGAUUUCAACUCUGGCAAGGGACAGAAAGGUGGCCCUCGGAGGUACAGAGUUGUGAAAGAUCCACUGGUCGGCCGACAGGCAUCAUGGAGCCCGGGGGGCGAAUGGUGUGUGGUUGUUGGGAGUCAGAAUAUGAUACUCGUGUUGAGGCGCUGGAAGAAAAUGUAA